AUGUGCAAGGACGGCCUCCACGAUUUCCUGGUUGAUCUGCCCAAGUGCGAGCACCACAUUCACAUCGAGGGCUCCCUGGGGCCCGAGCUGCUGUUCCAACUCGCCGCACAGAACAACAUCACCCUGCCCGUCGACAAGGAUCCGGCCUUCGCUUGCGUCGAUUCGCUAUACGAGCGGUACCGCAACUUCACAUCACUGGACGACUUUUUGCACUACUACUUUAUCGGCUUCUCCGUGCUCCUGACGGUGACCGACUUUGAGGAGCUGGGAUACGCCUACUUCACCAAGGCACACUCGCAAAACGUGCGUCACGCCGAGGUCUUUUUCGACCCGCAGGCGCACACGAGCCGGGGUGUCGCCUACGAGACCGUCAUCGAGGGCUUGCGGCGCGCUCGCCGUCGCGCCGAGGCCGACUUUGGCAUGACGGUCGAGUACAUUGUGUGCUUUCUGCGCCACUGCCCCGUCGAGGACGGCAUGCGCAUGUUCGUCGAGGCCCAGGAGGCGGGCCACUUCCAGGACGGCACGAUCGCGGGCGUGGGCAUGUCGAGCAGCGAGGCGCCAUACCCGCCCCAAAUGUUUGCAUCCAUCUACGACGCGGCCCGGAAGGCGGGGAUCCGGCGCACGGCGCACGUGGGGGAGGAAGGGCCGGCGGGGUUCGUUGUUUCGGCGCUGGACGACCUGGACGUGGAGCGCAUCGAUCACGGGCGGCGCUCGGCGGAGGAUGGGGCCCUGCUGGCGAGGCUGGCGGAGAAGAAGACGCUGCUGAGCCUGUGCCCCGUGUCCAACGUCGUGCUGCGAGGCGUCAAGGACAUGCGGGAGAUGCCCAUCCGCACGUUCCUGAACCACGGCGUGCGAUUCAGCAUCAACAGCGAUGACCCGGCGUACUUUGGCGGAUACAUCCUCGAGAACUACUGCGCGGUGCAAGAGGCGUUUGGGCUAAGUGUCGACGAGUGGAGAGGCAUCGCGACGGGGGCUGUGGAGGGGAGCUGGUGUUCCGACGGGAGGAAGGAGGAGUUGAUCAGGGAGAUUGAGAGCGUCGUGACCAAGCACCAGGGUGUGAAGGCCUAG